UACUGAGGGAUUAAAACGCGCAAUGAGAACGGAAGUGGUAAACUACAUAGCUCAGCGAACUCGAUUGCGAAUUGUCAGGGAGAACAUGCGGGGCCUGAGACGACGCCUGGCUACGGAUCCAAGGGCGAAAGCAGAGAUCUUGGACGCCCUUGAUGCGUAUAUGAAAGAACUGGCUAUAUUGCUAGGCUAUGGGGAAGAGUCAUGAUGAGAUGAGAGCCGUAGGGUUAUGCUUUCGAAUUGAGAGAUUUUACAGGAAAUUUAAUAUUUUACCCUGU